CCGCCGCCGCCCGAGCACCGGCCGCCCCAGCAAGAGGUGACCAUGAACGAGGUGGUUGAGACCCUGAGGAAGAUCGAGGAGAAGUACAAGCUCUUCCAGCAGCAGCAGUUCACCUUCAUCCGAGCCCUGGAGCGCACCCGGGAGGAAGCCCACGAUUCCAUCAGACCCGUGUCAUCCAUCGUGCAGGUGCAGUGCUACAAGGACCACCACUGCUACAACUCCACAGACAGCCGCAUCCUCAGCAUGUUCGUCUCCAUCUGCAACGAGCUGCGCUGCCUGUGCCAGAGGAUGGAGACGGUGCACGCCGGGGACAGCGUCACCAAGGGCCUUCUGGAGAAGUGCAAAGUGCUCCUGAACGACAGCAACGACUUCAGUGCCCUUCGAGCCACCUACCCCCACGGAGUUGUGAACUACCUGAGCUUGGAAGAAGCGAGGCACCGCUACGGAGGGGUGGUGAGCGUGCUGCCCAUCGUGCUGGACAGCAUGAGGGAGUGGGUCACACACUCCAAGAGGUACCUGCUCCCCAAUGAGAGACAAUGCCAGAGGUGCAAGUAUGAAGACCCACGAUUGGGAAAGAAAGCUCCCUGGAUCCCACCAGGGAACACCUCCACGUAAAGGAUCAGAGCUCCUGCAUUGUCUGCUCACCACCUUUAAGCACCUGGCUGAUCAAAUACACCGCAACGAACACCAGAGAUCCGUCCUGAGCCCACUUUCUGAAGAGCUGCCCUGCAGCCAGCCCGGGACACAUGCAUUCCCUGUCCCUUGCUGCUAUUUGCACUCUGCUCCUCACAUCCCCACAGAAGCAGCUGCAGCUACAGCUGGUGCUGGGGCCAGCACUGCAGUGGGAACAGGGAUCAGUCAGGACUCAUCAGGCUCUAAUCUCUCAGGCAUGAAUCUUGGACAAGUCAUUUGAAAUAGAAUUUUACAUUUCCUCAGCCUUCUUCCUGAGGAGCAUCCCCUCCCGGCCACAGCCAGGGGGUGAAGAAGCUGCCUGGGUGAAGGAUGGGAUGCAGAGCAGCAAAGGGCUGGCUUUAUGGAUUCAGACACGUCUUUGACAUUUAGACUUGUCUCUAAAGCUCCCUCAGCCCCACAGAAAUCCUUUCGUUACCGGAAGCACAGAGUCCCUGUUUACACAAACGUCCCCCCCGCCCGUCACUGUACACAGGGUCCCGCUCGGUGCCCCUCCCCGCCUC